AUGCCUCGUAGCCCUACAUCAAGUGAAGAUGAAAUGGCACAAAGCUUCUCUGACUAUUCUGUUGAGUCUGAAUCAGACAGCUCCAAAGAAGAAACUAUUUAUGACACAAUUAGAGCAACUGCAGAAAAGCCAAGCAGCAGAAUGGAAGACAGUCAGAGCAACACUUUAGUGAUUCGAAUUAUCAUACCUGACUUGCAGCAAACGAAAUGCAUUCGGUUUAACCCGGAAGCUUCAGUGUGGGUUGCAAAGCAGCGGAUUUUGUGCACUUUGAACCAGAGUUUGAAAGAUGUCCUGAAUUAUGGACUGUUCCAGCCUGCAAGCAAUGGGAGAGAUGGGAAGUUUUUGGAUGAGGAAAGACUUCUGAGGGAAUACCCACAGCCAGUCAAUAAAGGAGUUCCUUCACUCGAGUUUCGCUACAAGAAAAGAGUGUACAGACAGUUCAACCUUGAUGAAAAGCAGCUGGCCAAGCUUCACACCAAGGCCAAUUUGAAAAAGUUUAUGGAUCAUGUCCACCAUCUCUCUGUGGAAAAAAUGACCAAGAUGUUGGACCGAGGACUGGACCCAAACUAUCAUGACUUAGAAAGUGGAGAAACACCCCUAACUUUGGCAGCUCAGCUUGACAACACAGUAGAAGUGAUAAAAGCCCUGAAAAAUGGAGGAGCACAUUUAGACUUCAGAGCCAAAGAUGGAAUGACAGCCCUGCACAAAGCAGCCAGAGCCAAGAACCAAGUAGCCCUCAAGACCCUUUUAGAGCUGGGAGCAUCUCCCAACUACAAGGACAGCUGUGGCCUGACCCCGCUGUACCACACAGCCGUGGUGGGAGGGGACCCUUUCUGCUGUGAGCUCUUGCUCCAUGAACAUGCUACAGUCAGCUGCAAGGAUGAAAAUGGAUGGCAGGAAAUUCAUCAGGCUUGCAGGUACGGCCACGUCCAACACCUGGAGCACCUCCUGUUCUACGGCGCUGACAUGUGCGCGCAGAAUGCCUCGGGGAACACGGCCCUGCACAUCUGUGCCCUCUACAACCAGGAGAGCUGUGCAAGGGUGCUGCUGUUCCGGGGAGCCAACAAGGAGAUCAAGAAUUACAACAGCCAGUCUCCAUUUCAGGUGGCUAUAAUAGCGGGAAAUUUUGAGCUUGCUGAAUACAUCAAGAAUCACAGGGAAGCUGAUAUUGUGCCCUUUAGGGAGGCUCCCACCUACUCCAACAGGAGGAGGAGGCCUCCCAGCACCUUGGCAGCCCCCCGGAUCCUGCUCCGCUCCAACAGCGACAACAACCUGAACAUCAACAACCUCCCCGAGUGGUCAGCCUCCUCCUCUGCCUCUUCACACCGCAGCCUUUCCCCUCACCUGCUCCAACAGAUGCAGAAUAAUCCCAAUGGAACUGUAAAAACUGUGGGGAGUUACACUCCGUCCUCCCGGAGCCGCUCGCCGUCCCUCAACAGGCUGGGAGAGGAUGCCAAGAGGCAGCAAGUUGUCUGGCAUACUGCAAGUUUUUAUGCUUUGGGUGCCAACAAAGAUACUCUGUCUGCCUUGGAUUAUCAGGGUCCCAAAAGGAAGCUCUACAGUGCUGUCCCUGGGAGACUUUUUAUUGUUGUAAAGCCAUAUCAACCUCAAGGGGAAGGGGAAAUUCACCUGCACAAAGGAGAUAGAGUCAAAGUGCUGAGCAUCGGAGAAGGCGGAUUCUGGGAAGGCAGCACCCGGGGACAUAUUGGCUGGUUUCCUGCAGAGUGUGUGGAAGAAGUUCAGUGCAAACCAAAUGAAAGCAAACCAGAAACGCGAGCAGAUAGAACAAAGAAGCUGUUUAGACACUACACUGUUGGAUCCUAUGACAGCUUUGAUGCUUCAAGUGACUGCAUAAUAGAAGAAAAGGCAGUGGUCCUGCAGAAAAAAGACAAUGAAGGAUUUGGAUUUGUGCUCAGAGGGGCAAAAGCUGACACACCAAUUGAAGAAUUCACCCCAACUCCAGCCUUUCCUGCUUUGCAGUACUUGGAAUCUGUGGAUGAAGGGGGAGUAGCAUGGCAAGCUGGCCUGAGAACUGGAGACUUUUUGAUCGAGGUUAAUAAUGAGAAUGUAGUGAAAGUUGGCCACAGGCAGGUGGUGAACAUGAUUCGACAGGGGGGCAAUCACCUCGUGCUGAAGGUUGUCACAGUAACCAGGAAUCUUGAUCCCGAUGACACAGCAAGGAAGAAAGCCCCACCACCUCCUAAGCGAGCUCCAACCACUGCACUGACCCUGCGCUCUAAGUCCAUGACCUCAGAGCUUGAAGAGCUUGCUUCAGUACGGAAGAAGAAGGGUGAUAAGGUGGAUGAAAUAGUGCCAGUUUCCAAGCCAUCAAGAAUUGCAGACAAUGCAACUGUGGACUCCAGAGUGGCAACUAUAAAACAGCGGCCUUCUAGUAGAUGUUUUCCUUCAGAUAUGAAUUCCAUGUAUGAGAGACAGGGUAUUGCUGUGAUGACACCCACUGUCCCAGGGAGCCCUCAAGGUCCUUUUCUGGGUAUACCUCGGGGUACAAUGAGAAGACAAAAAUCUAUAGGAAUAACGGAGGAAGAGCGGCAGUUUCUGGCCCCUCCUAUGCUGAAGUUUACCAGAAGUCUUUCCAUGCCUGACACCUCUGAAGAUAUCCCACCGCCACCACAGUCCUUACCUCCCUCACCACCGCCACCUUCCCCCUCUCUGUACAACUCCCCCAAAUCCCUGACCUCCCGGAGCUACGGAACGAUCAAACCUCCAUUUAACCAGAAUUCAGGUGCAAAAAUCUCUUUGGUUCGGCCCGAGAGCGUGGGGACAAUGAUCAGGGACAAAGGGAUCUAUUACCGGCGGGAGCUGGACCGGUACUCCCUGGACUCGGAAGACCUGUACAACCGGAGUGCUGCAGCUCAGGCCAAUUUCAGGAGCAAGAGGGGCCAGAUGCCGGAAAACCCCUAUUCCGAGGUCGGGAAGAUUGCCAGCAAAGCUGUUUACGUGCCGGCCAAGCCAGCCAGGAGGAAGGGGAUGCUGGUGAAACAAUCCAACGUGGAGGACAGUCCAGAAAAGACCUGCUCUAUUCCAAUCCCAACCAUCAUCAUCAAAGAGCCAUCCACCAGCAGCAGCGGGAAAAGCAGCCAAGGGAGCAGCAUGGAGAUCGAUCCCCAGUCUUCGGAGCAGCCCGGACAGCUCCGGCCUGACGACAGCCUGGGAGUCAGCAGCCCGUUCGCAGCAGCCAUCGCAGGGGCCGUGAGGGACAGGGAAAAGAGGCUGGAGGCGAGGCGCAAUUCCCCGGCCUUCCUCUCCACAGACCUGGGAGACGAGGACGUUGGAUUGACCCCACCGACACCAAGGAUGAGGCAGUCCAAGUUCACCGAGGAGGCGAUGUUCAGCGGCGAGGAUGGUUUCAGACAGCUCAUGUCGCCAUCUCCGAUCCCCACCCCCAGGGAGCCCCCCGAAAACCUUUUUAACAGCAGCGAGCCCAGCAGCCAGAGCGACUCAAGGACAUUGAACGCUCCGUCCAAAACGAAAGGCACUGACAACAGCAUGGGGGCAGCCAAGCCCACGAGUGCUCCCAGCUCGGAUAGCUACGUCCACCCGGUCACAGGGAAGCUGUUGGAUCCAAACUCUCCACUUGCCCUCGCACUCUCUGCCAGGGACAGAGCCAUGAAAGAGCAGACACAGCAGAUUCCAGGCAAAGGGGACGCAGUCAAAACCGACCUUAACAAACCGCUUUACAUCGACACCAAGCUGAGACCCAACAUGGAAACGACUUUUCCUGUUACUGCCACUGUCACCAGGCAAAAUACCCGCGGCCUGUUGAGACGGCAGGAGACUGAGAACAAGUACGAGAUGGAUGCAGGGAAAGAAAAGAAAGCUGAGGAGAAGAAGAACAUGUUGAUAAACAUCGUGGAUACCUCGCAGCAAAAAUCAGCUGGCUUGUUGAUGGUGCACACAGUGGAUACGGCGAAGUCAGAUGAUAUGCCCGAGGAUGAGGAGGAAAAGGGAGCUGAGAUGGAGCCGAGCCCUGAGAACUCCCCGCCGGAGAGGCCGGAGGGCAGCGAGGAAGCGGAGAGCGAGCUGAGCGUUCCUGCCGCGCCCGAGGCCCCAGCUUCUCCAUGCAAAACCAUCGUGGCCGCCAGCUCUGUGGACGACCCUGUCAUCCUGCCUUUCCGCAUCCCCCCGCCGCCCCUGGCCUCGGUGGACAUCGACGAGGAGUUCCUGUUCACUGAGCCGCUGCCCCCUCCCUUGGAGUUUGCCAACAGCUUCGACAUCCCCGACGACCGCGCGGUGCCCGGCUCGGCGCUGACAGACCUGAUGGCGCAGAGGAAGAACGGCACCCCUUCGCCCAGCCAGCCAGCAAACUCCUUGGACGGCAAAAAGCAAGCGGGUCUGUCAAACUGUUUGCCUGCAUCCUUCCUGCCACCCCCCGACAGCUUCGACAACGUCGCCGACUCUGGCAUUGAGGAGGUCGACAGUCGGAGCAGCAGUGACCAUCACCUAGAGACAACCAGCACUAUCUCAACGGUGUCCAGCAUCUCUACCUUAUCCUCGGAAGGGGGGGAGAACGUGGAUACUUGUACAGUCUAUGCAGAUGGGCAAACAUUUCUGGUGGACAAACCCCCAGUACCUCCUAAGCCAAAAAUGAAGCCCAUAAUCAACAAAAGCAAUGCACUUUACAAGGACGCGCUGAUCGAGGAAACUGUAGACAGCUUUGUGAUCCCUCCUCCCGCUCCGCCCCCGCCUCCCAUCAGUGCCCAGCCCAACCUGGCGAAAGCUGUCCCCCAAAGGACAUCCAAGCUUUGGGGGGACGUGCCGGAGGUGAAAAGCCCGAUUCUCUCAGGCCCCAAGGCUAAUGUCAUUAGUGAAUUGAACUCAAUACUCCAGCAAAUGAACAGAGAGAAAUCCUCAAAGCCAGGGGAGGGAUUGGAGUCGCCAACUGGAACGAAAACUGCGAGUCUCAGUACAAGGAGCACGGAAGUCAUGAGUACUGUCUCAGGUACACGAAGUACAACAAUCACUUUCACUGUCCGACCCGGAGCCAGCCAGCCGAUCACACUGCAGAGCAGGUCCCCAGACUAUGACAGCAGGACCUCAGGAGCGAGGCACGCUCCCAGCCCUGUGGUUUCACCAACAGAGAUUAAUAAAGACAUCCUGCCUGCUCCUCUGACUGCUUCUGCUUCAGCCUCAUCUCCUUCUCCAACUCUGUCUGAUGUAUUUAGCCUACCCAGCCAGCCCCCUUCUGGGGACUUAUUUGGCUUGACCACAGGGCGCAGCAGGUCUCCUUCUCCCUCCAUAUUACAACAGCCAAUCUCAAAUAAGCCUUUUACAACUAAGCCUGUCCACCUGUGGACUAAACCAGAUGUGGCAGAUUGGUUGGAAAGUCUAAACUUAGGUGAACAUAAAGAAACAUUUAUGGACAAUGAAAUAGAUGGCACACAUUUACCAAAUCUACAGAAGGAAGAUCUGAUAGACCUUGGAGUGACUAGAGUUGGGCACAGAAUGAACAUAGAAAGAGCUUUGAAGCAGCUGCUGGACAGAUAAGAAUAGCUAUCUUGCCUCACAACCUUCUGUUGAUAACUAGAGAUGGGCUGGUACUGACAUACCCCAAAUGCCUUGUCUGUCUGCGAGUGCCAGCAAAAUUGGGGGGGAGGGGGAAAACAGAUGAAUUCCUGGUACUCAGGAGAUGUAGACUGUCUGCUACAUGCCCAAACACAAACCUAAAGAUGCUAAAGAAGUGGGGCCAUUUUAUUUCAAAGCUGUGGGGAGAUGUGAGAGAGAGACAAUUGUUAACUUUAAAACUCUUGAUACUGCCCUUGACCGGGAGCGUGGUGUGAUGAUUUUCUUUUAAAAUGGCAAACAUUUCAGGGUUUCUUUUAUUGACAGAAAAAGAAAAUGCAUUUUAUUUUAUUCUCUUCUUGACAUUCAGUCUCCAAGCAGGCUGCCUUCCCCAGCCCUUGGUUCAUUUUAAGAGGACAGGGUUGCUCCAUUACCACUCAAACCCAGUUUUAUCAGUAGCAGGGAUUUUGAGGUAGGCACAGGAGUUCAUAUUCCUCUUUUUUUACUGGCAUAGCUCCCUGAUCUGUUGGCAGUGAAGCUGGUUGUUCUGCUGGGGUCAGUCCAAUGGUAACCUUGCUCUGUUUUACCUAGUAUUUCUUUAUUUCUGCAGUGGUAUUUAGCACUCUUCCAAGGUGGCAGAACAAGUGCAGUGCACGCUCCAUUGACGUGGCCUGCAGGACGGUGCAGACGUUGAGUAAAGGCUGAGGAGGGACCACACUUAGAGGUACAGCAAAGUGAAGCUAGUUUGAACCUGAGACCUCCCCCCAGUUCUCAACCAGCUCAGCUGAUGCUGAGUCAAAAUAUGAACUCCACGAGCCAGGACAAACUUUGGGCACAGCUUUGGGACUUGACAGUGAGACACUGAGAGAGGCUGAGCCCUGGGAGGUGCUGCUUAAUUCAGUGAGUGGUAAGUGCCUGAGUAUUUUGAACAGCAGGCUGAGAAGGAAAGAGAAGAGAGAUGAAUGUUCCCAUUGAAGUCAGUGGGAAGUGUGCCAGGAUCUGAAGUGAGAGAGGGAUUUCAGCCUGUUAGGAUGGAAAUGCUUCAGAUCCUUGAGAGGAGGCAGAGAGGUGAUGCCAAGCUGGAAAGAGCUGCCGAGUGUCUCGGGGUGCGAGGGCUGGGGAGGGAUCCAGGCGCUCCUUUUGUCACUGCUGGCAGGAACUGGCUCUGGACAAGGACCCAGGGCCGGGCGCUGGCCCCCAGCCCAUUCCUUGGCACGAGAGGUGGGAGCACCCUGCCAGAAUCCGGGGCUGGGAGCGGGGCAGACAGAACUUUCCGGGAGACUUCUGUUAGCAGGGGAGAAACACCCAUGGCUGCUUUACACGGCUUUGUUUUUUUAAAAAAAUUAUUAUUAUUAUUUUUUUCAACUUUCAAGUUAACAAGUCUCUCUCUGCAUGUUUGAACUCCCCCUUGAAAUUAACACCUCUGAAUAUCUGUGAGUUUUGUAGGACUUUCUGGACAGAAUAUUCAAGAUGUUCAAGGUGGGUAAAUUGGGUGUGGAUGGCUAAACUGCCUCCCUACCAAACUUUCAGGUUCCCUUACAUUUUGCAAGGUACCUGAACUUUCUUUCCUUGAUAUGGUCCUUGAUAUGGUCCAGCCUAUCUCUAAUUUUUUUAUUAUUGUGAUUAUUUUUUGCUCACAAACAAGUGUCUAAUUAGGUCUGCAACAGCCCUAGUAUGAGUACAUAAAGUUUAGCAUUUUAAAUAUCUUUCUUUACUGCAAGUUUAAAUAGUUGUACAGAUAGUUUAUAAGCACAAUAUUUUAAGAAAAUAAGUGGCUGGUCUACUGGGCAGCCUUUGUGCCACUUCAGUGCUAGGAAGUUAAAAAGAGAAAAAAAAAAAACAAACAAAAAAAAAAAAAGAAAAAAAAACUUUUUGUGGUUUACUACUAUUUCUGUGGAAUAAUUAUAAAGUCUUGACCUUUUUAAAAUCAACCUCAUUUGGAUGCAUCUGAACCAGCAGAGCUGUGUUAUAUUUUCUAUCUUUGCUAGAACUUCUACAGAGGAGGAUGAAUAUUUCUUCAAAAGUGGUUACAGUUACCAACACAUUGGAAACUCAUAAAAAUCAACUUAUUUAAGCCUCCUGCCCCCUUUAUGGAACAACAAAUCUUUUGACUUAACAUCUGUUACUGCACUCUGUUUGUAUUUGGGGAGUUCCAAGGAACCUUGACAUUAAAACGAAGCACUGAGGCUGUUUUCCUGUCGAGGAGUGCUGAGUUUUUCCAUGGGAGGUGUAGAAAAUGGCAGUUCCACUCAGAUAGGUCGAUGCAGGCAACUUGAGGCCAUCACACACUUUAAGAAGUGAAAAAAAGAAAAAAAAAAAAAAAAGAAAAGGUAAUUUAGCCAUCUUUUGUCUUCCAUUUGGUGAUACAACAGAAUUCAGUAAAUAAACCACUGAUGCCAUGCUCUCUCUUAUUUUUUUUUUUAAUUUUUUUUUUGUUUGUUUCUUUGGGUACAGUUGCUAUUACCUCUAUAACAUGUGCCAGAAAUACGUUAGGAAAUAAAUACAGUAGUAAAAGAAAAAAAAAAAACAAAACCGUAGAAGUUGACUUUUAAAGCUGCUUUUUUUGGAUCACAACCUUCCUGUUGGUUGAACUUGCCCUGAGCAAGGCUGACACAGCCAGUGGCUCCCGGGUGGGACCGUCCCUUCCUCACACAGGUGUGGCUCCUGCUCGGGCAUCUCUUCAGGUACUCCAAGGGCAGGUGCGAAAACGAGCAGAUGAAAGAGCUGAAAGGGAAUAGUUUUAUUUUUCACCUUGUGUCCUGUGAAGCAAACAGGUAAGGAGACCUGAGGGGACCUCCUUGGAGCACCAGAAUGCGCCUCUGCCAAGUCGAGUUCGGUCUCCAGCUCUGAGGGGUGGUUUGAAACAAAAAAAAGAAAGCAAUAGUAACAGAUAACGCCGUGGCCUCCGAGUAUUUUCACCAGGGGGGAGGAGAGAAGACCCAUUUCUUUCAUGCUACUCUGAUAGUGAAAAACAAAGUCAUUAGAGAUCUAUGAUAUUCUGGGUUUUAGGAUCAACUUUUGUUUAUAUACUGUAAUUUAAAUAAAUUGCAUUUACAUGCCUAGUUUCUGUAAUAUUUGUGUAUACAAUACCAAAAUCUUACAAGAUGUAAAUUGUGUAUAACUGCACAGACUCCUUGCCCUAGGUGUCUGAGAACAUUUUAAGUUUAAUUCAUAUAUUAUAAAAUGACUAGAUGUGACUGUUGAUUUACAGAAUUUACAUAUCACAAAGAAGUUAAUUAUUUGUGGUACUUAAGUUAAUAAAAAAAUAGUGAUUUUUUUUUUCUUUUCCUCUCAGUUCUUAGAAAGCAUUACCCAGUUGAUCUGGCGAUGAUUAUGUGUAUGAGCCACAAAUAUUGAUAAUUUUUCCAUUACAUUUUUUCUUUUCUUUUCUAGAUACUAAUAUGUUUCUCGCUAUAGUUUGUGUAACAACUUGUGUUCACGUUAUCUAUGUUGCUGUAAUUUUUGUGCUUUAAUUCCUCUUAUUUCGACUGAUUAAAAAAAAAAAAUCAAGCUCCUGUAACUUGCACUUUUCCCCAAUCCUUAAUACUCUUGUAUGGCAACCAAAAUUACUGUAAGAAAUAAAUAUAAUAUUGCA